GCGGGGGCGCUAUCAGGAGUGAUGCUGGGGGCCGUCGGGGGCGCAGGCGUCACCGCCCUGCUCUUCCUGUCUUUCUGCGUCCUCGUCAUCAUAGUGAAAUCUUGGAAGAAGAAGGCGGCGAGGACAGCAGUAGGCACGGGGGACACGGACACGGCCGGCGCAGACGCCAUCAUGAGGUCCAUCUCUCAGGGUCCCCUGACUGAAUCCCAGCGGGGCAGCCUCACAGACCACAGUCCCUUGACUCCGGCGGAGAAAGAGGACGUUCACUACGCAUCCCUCAGAUUUCAAAAGACGAAGCCCGAGGCCCCGCAGGAAGCCAGGGUCACUGACAAUGAGUACUCAGAGAUCGGCAUAGGCAAGUGAGAAGCCUCGGAGACGUGGCUGUGGCUCGAGGGAGGGACCACAUCCUUCCUCCCCACCCCCGCCCCAGGACAAAGAUAAAACCUGGGGCCGAUUCCUGUAGAAUUAAAAGCCUUCUAGGCACGGGUUAAACGUAUACACAGGACACAGGCUUUGGAACCGAAGAGUUGUGAGUUCUAAUCCACAUUCUAUCUCUUUACUAAGUAAAGUGGCAGACCCAUCCCUACCUCUCUGUGCCCCCGUUUCCCGCCCUGUGGAACAAGAUCAGAAGCCCCGCCUGUAAAUCUGUGGGAGUAAAAUCCCGUCAGAGCACCUGGCUCGACGUGUGUGCCGAGCACACGCUGGAGCCCUGUGCUCUGGACCAGGAAGUCCCUCCUGCGAAUCUCUCUUAACUCUGGAGGUGACCGGCAGCAGACCUCAGCCUCUGUGACCGAGGUCCCUCCUCCCGGGAGGCCUCACCCUGCCUUCGUCUGCCUCUGUCUUCGGCGGUGGAGUUCAAGGGGGUUGACUUCUGCGUUGAGAUGGGAGUCAAGUAGGACCUCGUGAUCUCUCCCCACAAAGACAAACCAAACGAGCCAGGGAGGUUCCCAAACGAUCACGCGACCAUCCGAUGAACGAGACGUGAUCCCAGAAUUCACUGACGGAAACCAGACAAGGAAGGGGGUAUGUCUCAGCAGUCGCUUCGUAAAGAAGCCUGGAUGGAAAGAAAUCAAAGGAUUGGAUGAGGCUCAAACAUUCCCUAAGUUUGUACGCAGCUCAUUGACAACAGCACCAAAGAAUAGGAAGCACCAAGGGACAAUUUAAAAAACAAAAACAAAAACAUGCAACAAUUCCGUACUAGAAAAAUAUGGAACAUUGGUGAGAGAAAUUAAAGAAGAUCCGUGUUCUUUAUACUAUGCUCAUGCGGGAAGAUGCAAUACUGUUAAGAUGUCA